AUGGCUGUCGGCCUCAUCAACGGCCGCCUUGCUGCCGAUGAGGAAGCCAGGGCAGAGGUCGACGUCUUGAACUCGCGCCUCGAGAAGACAUCACAGCUCACAAAGAAGAUUCAGGCCUGCCUGGGGAGGUUGGAUGCCACGGGCAAGAGUGUUCGGGAUGUCGCUGGGCCUCUUAGCGGCGAGACCAAGAAACUCCAGGUCCUGGGCAAUAGCAAGUCACCUGGCCGCCAUAUCUCCCUCUAUGACGUUGUUCAUCGGCAGUGGACGCUAACCGAUAGCCAUUCGUGUUUAGACAUCGACGCCGUCAUCGCCGCUAUCGAGAAACUACGAUCACCCGCCGACAGCAAGAAUGACGAAGAACAAAUCAUCCGCAUGGGCCCUGAAAAGGCCGGCCUGUCCAACUACCUGGCGUCCAUCAAGCGCUUGAACAAGGCCUUGAACGACAUGAAGGCUUCCAACCUCCGAUCAACACAGCAAACCGUCGCCGACCUUCAGCGCCUCGUCAAGACUGGCAAUUCACAACUCGAAAGCUCAUUCGACAAACUUCUACGGAGCGAAACACCCCGAGCCAUUGAACCUCUACACUACCUCACGAAGAACAUGCCCUUCCCAGUGCUCUCCCAGGAAAAGAUCACCAGGUUAGGUCUCAUGAAUUCGUACCUCACCGGCGUACACCAGCAGAACACAGGGGCGGGGAGCUCGCAAGAAUCGCCUGUCAUCAAGAUUUAUGCCGAAGUCCGGUCUCAGUACCUACUAUCGACCUUGGGCAACUUGGCUACGGCAAGCACCAACACGGCCAAGAAAAAGACCCCAGAGGCUGUAUACAGGGCGGGCACAAACGGUAUGGGAACCUACGCCCAGGCCAUGGAGGGUCUUUUCCUGUCCGAAUACGACAACAUCUGCAGCAUCUUCAUGAGGGAGGACUGGGGCCCCGUCUUCCAGGCGACAUGUCAACCGGCCCUGGUCGAGCUGGGCAGGACUCUACGGGAACUCAACAGCCACAUCAAGUCACAUAUCACCACAGACUGCUUCCUCGCAUAUGAGAUCGUCGAGAUCAUUUCCAGUCUGUCCAAUAACCUGGAGAGCCGGACGGGCGAGCUGAAGAGCUCUCUUGCUGCGGCCUUGAAGCCCAUCCGGGAGACAGCCAAAUCAUCGCUUGUCGACUUGCUCGAGGAGACCAAACGACAAGUCAACAGCUUGCAAUCGCUGCCCGCGGAUGGCGCGCCCACCCAGCUCGCAUCACAAACCAUGCAGCGGCUGCAGUCCAUGGUCGACUUUUUGCGACCCAUAUCCAGCAUCAUGAUUUCCAUUGGCGAUGGCGGCUGGAAGUCGGCCGCUGCGUCCAAGGGAGGGGCUACCGAUACCAUCCCCAGCCUUUCUUCGUUCGAUGUCGGUGCGGACGGACAAGAUAUCUUUACCCACUACUGUGCCGACACCAUCGAGACCCUCCUUUCUUCUUUGGACGCCCGUGCUCGUGUCCUAUUGCAGCAGAAGAAGGCAGUCAUCGGCGUGUUCCUGGCCAAUAAUGUCACCAUCAUUGAGCGUAUGAUCAUGGAAUCUGGCCUGGCAACUCUUCUCCAGUCUCGCCUCCAAGUGCUAGAAGUAUGGAGGAAGAAGUCCGCCGCUCUCUAUACCGAGACUUGCAAGGAAAUCAGUAUCCAUCUCUUUGAUACGGUCCACACCAACCGCACCGCGCGCCCGACCUCGGGUCAGGGCAUGGUAAGCUCGGCCUCGAUCAUGAAGGGUCUCAGCUCCAAGGAUAAGGAGAAAAUCAAGGGCAUGUUCACAGCCUUCAAUUCCGGCUUCGAGGAAAUGGUCGCCCGUCACAAGCAGUUCGCCAUGGAGAAAGAGGUGCGCCAGAUGCUUGCACAGGAUGUCCAGCACAUGCUCGAGCCACUUUACAAUCGAUUCUGGGAUCGCUACCACGAGAUUGACAAAGGAAAGGGGAAAUACGUCAAGUACGACAAAGGGUCGAUCGCUGCUGUUUUCCGCAGCCUUUACUGA